GCUUCCAGCAUUUCCAGAGAACCAGCGUUCCGUGGGAAGGUCUAAAUCCUUGCAUCGCUGUGAUUCUUGGAUCCUAAAACCCAGACACAUGGUGUCUGUGGGCCGAGCUAUUGUCUGCGUUUCCUUUUUCGCGUGGGUGUGAGCCAGAUUGGCAAGCACAGUGUGAAUGAACCAGCAUGAACAUGAACGGAGCCACUCGUUUGCUGAUGUCUCUCUGAUGUGUUUUCCCCCCCAGCUCCGGAAGAGAAGGAAGUCAUUAAAGGACUGUAUAGCAAGCUGACGGAUGCCUAUGGCUGCCUCGGGGAGCUGAGGUUACAAUCCGGUGGCGUCCCCUUGAGCUUUCUGGUGUUGGUGACAGGCUGCAUGUCAGUGGGCAGAAUUCCAGAUGCAGAGAUCUACAAAAUCACUGCCACUGAGUUGUACCCCCUGCAGGAAGAGGCCAAGGAAGAGGACCGCCUGCUCGCCUUAAAGAAAAUCCUGAGCUCAGGGGUGUUCUAUUUCGCAUGGCCCAAUGAUGGCGCCUGCUUCGAUCUGACCAUCAGGGCUCAGAAACAGGGUGAUGACGGCUCUGAAUGGGGGACCUCUUUCUUCUGGAACCAGCUAUUGCAUGUGCCUCUGCGGCAGCACCAGGUGAGCUGUCAUGACUGGUUGCUGAAAGUCAUCUGUGGGGUGGUGACCAUCCGCACAGUAUAUGCCUCCCACAAGCAGGCCAAGGCCUGUCUCAUCUCUCGCAUCAGCUGUGAACGCGCAGGUGCUCGCUUCCUCACCCGUGGUGUGAACGAUGAUGGCCACGUGUCCAACUUUGUGGAGACAGAGCAGACGAUUUACAUGGAUGAUGGAGUAUCGUCCUUUGUCCAGAUCCGAGGCUCCGUUCCGCUGUUCUGGGAGCAACCAGGACUUCAGGUUGGCUCCCAUCAUCUGAGACUGCACAGAGGCCUAGAGGCCAACGCCCCUGCUUUUGAAAGGCACAUGGUGCUUCUGAAGGAGCAAUACGGUAAGCAGGUGGUUGUGAACCUGCUGGGCAGCAGAGGUGGUGAAGAGGUGCUCAACAGAGCCUUCAAGAAGUUGCUCUGGGCUUCUUGCCACGCGGGCGACACACCUAUGAUAAAUUUUGACUUCCAUCAGUUUGCCAAAGGUAGGAAGCUAGAGAAAUUGGAGAACCUGUUGAGACCUCAGUUACAGCUACACUGGGAAGACUUUGGCGUGUUUGCGAAGGGCGAGAAUGUUUCAGCAAGGCACUCUGCGGAUGAACUGUCUCGACUGUCUGGAUAGAACCAACACUGUGCAGUGCUUCAUUGCUCUUGAGGUCCUUCAUCUGCAGCUUGAGAGCUUGGGGCUGAAUUCAAAGCCCAUCAUUGACCGUUUUGUGGAGUCCUUCAAAGCCAUGUGGUCUCUGAAUGGGCACAGCUUGAGCAAGGUGUUCACAGGGAGCAGGGCCCUGGAAGGAAAGGCCAAGGUGGGAAAGCUGAAGGAUGGGGCCCGGUCCAUGUCUCGCACCAUCCAGUCCAACUUCUUCGACGGGGUGAAGCAGGAGGCCAUCAAGCUACUGCUAGUCGGAGACGUCUACAACGAAGAGUCUACAGACAAGGGACGGAUGCUGCUGGACAACACGGCCCUUCUGGCGACCCCCAGGAUCUUGAAGGCCAUGACAGAGCGCCAGUCAGAAUUCACGAAUUUCAAGCGCAUCCAGAUUGCUGUGGGGACCUGGAAUGUGAACGGAGGAAAGCAAUUCCGUAGCAAUCUCCUGGGGACCGCGGAGCUCACAGACUGGCUCCUAGAUGCUCCUCAGCUGUCAGGAGCACUGGACUCCCAGGAUGAUGGCAGUCCUGCUGACAUAUUUGCCAUCGGGUUUGAGGAGAUGGUGGAAUUGAGUGCGGGAAAUAUUGUCAAUGCCAGCACCACCAACAGGAAGAUGUGGGGCGAGCAGCUUCAGAAAGCCAUCUCCCGCUCCCAUCGGUACAUCCUCUUGACCUCCGCACAGCUGGUGGGCGUCUGUCUUUACAUCUUUGUCCGUCCAUACCACGUCCCGUUCAUCAGGGACGUGGCCAUCGACACCGUGAAGACCGGCAUGGGGGGAAAGGCGGGGAAUAAGGGUGCUGUGGGCAUCCGCUUCCAGCUCCACAGCACCAGUUUCUGCUUUGUCUGUAGCCACCUGACGGCUGGGCAGUCUCAGGUGAAGGAGAGGAACGAAGACUACCGGGAGAUCACGCACAAGCUCUCCUUCCCUUCGGGGAGAAACAUAUUUUCACAUGAUUACGUGUUUUGGUGUGGCGAUUUCAACUACCGUAUUGAUCUUACUUACGAAGAAGUCUUCUAUUUUGUUAAACGCCAAGACUGGAAGAAACUUAUGGAAUUUGAUCAGUUACAGCUACAGAAAUCAAGUGGAAAAAUUUUUAAAGACUUUCAUGAAGGAGCCGUUAACUUCGGACCCACCUACAAGUAUGACGUUGGAUCAGCUGCCUACGACACAAGUGACAAGUGCCGUACCCCAGCCUGGACAGACAGGGUGCUGUGGUGGAGGAAGAAGCAUCCAUAUGAUAAGACAGCUGGUGAACUCAACCUUCUAGACAGCGAUCUAGACAGCGAUCCCCAGAUCAGACACACCUGGUCUCCAGGCACUCUGAAAUACUACGGCCGUGCAGAGCUGCAGGCGUCUGAUCACAGACCUGUGCUGGCCAUUGUGGAGGUGGAGGUUCAAGAGGUGGAUGUAGGAGCCCGGGAGAGGGUCUUCCAGGAAGUGUCCUCUGUCCAAGGCCCGCUGGAUGCCACCGUUGUUGUAAACCUCCAGUCUCCAACCCUAGAAGAGAAAAAUGAAUUUCCAGAGGACCUGCGCACAGAACUUAUGCAGACUUUGGGGAAUUAUGGGACGAUUAUUCUAGUCAGGAUCAACCAAGGGCAGAUGCUGGUGACGUUUGCAGACAGCCACUCAGCUCUCAGUGUGCUGGAUGUGGAUGGUAUGAAGGUGAAAGGCAGGGCCGUGAAGAUUCGACCAAAGACCAAAGAUUGGCUAGAAGGCUUGAGAGAGGAGCUUCUCCGGAAGCGAGACAGCAUGGCCCCUGUGUCUCCCACCGCCAACUCCUGCUUGUUGGAGGAGAACUUUGACUUCUCGAGUCUGGACUAUGAGUCCGAAGGGGAUGUUCUUGAAGAGGAUGAAGACUAUUUAGUGGAUGAGUUUGGCCAGCCUGUAGUCUCAGACAGUGAGCUCGGUGGAGACAACUCUUCCGAUACCAUGAGCUCCUUGACACCGGCCAGCAAGUCUCCCGCACUGGCUAAAAAGAAGCAACAUCCAACAUACAAAGCUGGCUUAAUGGUGAAGAAGUCAGCCUCAGACGCAUCCAUCUCCUCUGGCACUCACGGACAAUAUUCCAUCUUGCAGACAGCGAAGCUUCUCCCAGGAGCACCUCAGCAACCACCCAAGGCUAGAACUGGAAUAAGUAAACCUUACAACGUCAAACAGAUCAAAACCACCAACGCUCAGGAGGCAGAAGCAGCUAUCCGGUGUCUCCUGGAAGCUAGCGGAGGUGUCCCGGAAUCAUCCCCAGGUGCCAUACCCCUGAGAAACCAAGGGUCUUCUAAGCCAGAGGCCACCCUGGGGCCCCCAGCCCUGCCCCGCCGGCCUGCUCCAAGGGUUCCCACUAUGAAGAGACCAACUUUGAGGAGAACAGGAAAGAUUGUUUUCUGCUCUAAUUCACAAGCUUCCCAGCCUUGCUUACUACUGCAAAGACAUGAGUUUGUAAGGACAGUAGCUGCCCAGAGACUGACACCCAUAGAUGCUUCCGGAUCUUCCGUGUGAUCUCAGUUCUGGGAGCGGGCCACUUGCCCAUGUUACCAGAAGAACACUUUGAGCCACAGCCUGUCCAUUUUACAGUGGCUUCCCAGGAAAUGAAACUUGAGACCCCUCCUCCAAUAACAGCCACUCCCAUCCUGCCUGUUCCCAAACCAAGAACACUUCAGCCUGGGAAAGGUGUUGAGGGGAGGCCAAGCAGCGGUAAGCCAGAACCAGGUGAAGCUCCUUCGGUGACAGGCACUGUGGAGUCACCACCUCCAGAGGCCCAGGAGGCCCCGUCUCUGGCUCCCAAGGUGCCUCCAAGGAGGAAGAAGUCUGCACCAGCAGCCUUCCACCUGCAGGUCCUGCAGAACAACAGCCAACUUCUCCAGGGCCUCACAUGCUCCAGCAGUUCUCCAUCCUCACUGAAGCCCGACACCCACCCGCUCUGUCUACAAGUGGCACUUGACACUUCAUCUGCCAGAAGCCCUGAAACCGAUGGCCCCAGAGUGACAGAGCCCGAGGCAGCCUCUUUUCGUGGCAACUACCCAGAUCCCUUCUGGAGCCUUCUCCACCACCCUAAGCUGUUGAACAAUACCUGGCUGUCCAAGAGCUCCGAGCCUUUAGACUUGGGGUCCAGGAACCCUGAGAGGACACACACAGAGCCGGCACAGGUCAAUGCAUCGGUGGCUGAGAGGGGGCUUCCACCAGACCAUGGGGGAAAAGACUUAAGUCACUGGAUGACAGCUAGUAACAAAGACAAGAGGACAACAUUAGGUGUUUGACCCACAGGCAUGAAUGUGACCUGUUGGCUCUGAGGAUACUCUUCAUUUCAAAUGUCACCUUCCUCAUGUGGGCAUUGCUUGACUUGGUCAAAGGGAUGUCGAUGUAAAAAGGCACACUGAAACCCUUUGCUUAUCUGUCACUCUGUGUAGUGUAUGAGAACGGUUUGCCACUCUGUACAGUUGUCCAGCCACCCAAAUGUUCCAUUCGAGAUAGUGCGUCUUAAGCUUGCUCUCAGGGGACUGGGGAGUGUGCUGUUGAAUUCAGGGUAUUUUAAAGGAAACAUAUCUAGAUUCCCCAAGAUGCUCUCACUCACAGAAUUUUAAAUGGUUGUUCAAUCUCUGUGUGUGUGCCAUUUGCUUGUUCGUUUUGUGUUUUUACAGAUUUGGGAUAAGUGGUAGGUUCAUAAAAGAUGACAUUAAAAGCAGUUGGGACCAUUAAGAGCUGUUCUGACCCACUUGAAACCACAUUAAGAAAAGAAAAAUCAGAGCUGAAAACAGCGAAUAGGUCAAUGUCAUGCCUGGACCAUACAUUCCUGUGAGCCCUUUUUAUGGAAUUGCCCUUGAUAGCUGCAGGUUCUGCUUCUUCAGGCUCGGCAGAAAGACCUCAUCUGUACUGAGCAUGUAUGUUUUCUGUUAGUCUCUAAAUACUACAGCGUAACAGGUAUAAGUCAUUUGGAGACAACUGAACAUGUACAAGAGGAUGCGUAGGAACUAUACAAGUGCUGCACUGUUGAAGACUUGAGCAUCCAAGGAUUUGGGUACCUCAGGGGAUCCUGGAAUUGAUCUCCCAUAGAUACUCAGGUGACUACCCAUGUGUAAUUAGCUUUAAUGAUGCUGAAGUCCUAUGAGAGCUGGUGACAAUACUGUUUUGGGUGUGACCUGUGCACUACAAGUUUACUCUCCACUCUAAUAUGGACCAGCUGACUCCCGCAUGCCCUGUACACAGCCAUGGUCUUGAGCCACAGUGUGCUGCUUAAACUAAUUUACAUUCACCCUCUGGAUGAAACUUCCCUCCUAUUGUCCAUGUCCUAUAAAGGCACAAAAUGUGAAAACUCAUACUGGCCCAUCAUGGCUGACCUCCAUCUGUGUAGUAUAUGAUGGCUUCAGGAAGGAGCAUACACAGCCUCCGUGAGGUCACAUCGACAAGUCUGGGCUUGUUCUCUGAUGAUGUUUCUUGGGUCUAUUGGUUGCUUCCUGCAUUCAUGUAUUUUUCAUACUGCUCAUCUCUUCAAGAGCUGACAAAGACACCUUGAUGCUAUUUUAUAUUUUAAAAAAUUGUUGUGAUGUCUAGAAUCUAUUUGAAGCAUAUAUCACAUUUUUGUGUAUAAAAAGCUCAUUAGCUAAAGAAGGCAGAGUUAGGAAGGUCAUGAGGUCAAGACCAGCUGGAGCAACAGAGCAAGAUUCUAUUUUCAGAAAGAAAUUUGUUAGCAUAUCUUGUUAUGCCAACCUCCAUAUUUAUGAGUCUUUCAUAUCAUAGGCCCAUACACAAUGUCCUGUGUUGCUCCUUACGGCCAAUCCUGAAGAGCAUGCUAAUGAAUGGGGUAGGCAUGGCCAUUGGAUGCUAAUGAUGGGGCAGAUGUGGCCAAUUUGCCUGGUACAUGCCACUCUUCAUUACCCACUAGACUGUUGGGAUUUCAGAAAUUAUUUUACUGUCACAUUCAAGAUAUUUUGCAAAUUAUUUAAAUCUGGCACUCAAAAACAAAACUCCACAUAUCUACAUUAAUCUGAAAAUUGAUUGGAGAAAAAGAAGCCGCUGACCCAGAGAUAAGUAGAAUAAUAUGCAUAUUUGGCAGUUAUAAAAUUUGGUGUGGGGGCUGGAGAGAUGGCUCAGCAGCUAAGAGCACUGGCUGCUCUUUCGGAGGACCCAGGUUUGGUUUCCAGCUGUAAUUCCAAUCUCAUGAGAGCCAAUAUUCUCUUCUGGCCUCUGAGAGCCCUGUAUGCACAAGGUACACAGACAUACAUGCAGGCAAGUAAAAAAGAUGAAUGAGCAACCACCAUCUACCAAUAAACACAAUAAAGGAAAAAUUAAAGAUGGCAUGUAGAUGCUUACUGUAAUUCUUAAGAUCAUGUGGUUCAUCUUGUGUUCGUCAAAUAAAACCAUAGAGCAAGCA